ACCUGUAUAUUCCUAUAGGUCAUGUAAUACAGUAAAAUGUUUAUUCAACAUUCCAAAAUAUUCAAAUGCGUUCUUGCUUUCGUCAUGUGCUCACAAAUUCCCUCGGGACUUCCCCAGCCAUCGGGGGAAAACCCGUAUCUCCCACAAACAGUUAACGUAGUAGUUAUGGUACCAUUUGAAGGGGAGUAUUUAUUCAGGCGAGACGUGAUUCAACCUGGAGUCGAAUAUGCGCUGAGGACUUUGAGACGAAACGAUGGACCUUUGACAAGAGACUUGCAAUUCAACGUAACUUACAGGAAUUCUCAAUGCAACCGCAAAGCGGCGCUAGAGGCCGUCGACUUUUACUACGGGCAAUGCGGAACCAGUGACGUCACUAAUUCAAUGACGUCACCACUCUUAUUCCUUGGCCCAGUGUGCAACGACGCAACGUCGAUGGUGGCGACUUUUGCCGGGAAAUGGAAUGUACCGGUGAUUUCCCCUGGGUCACAUGCAGCGUGGAUAAUCCCAGGCGAGGAAUAUCCCAUGUUGACCAGGAUAACGCCGUCGUAUAUCGACUUGGCUUAUUUCAUUCAUAACGUGUUCGUAAUGCUAAACCAUGGGGUGACCUACCCUGUGCAUUUGAUAUAUGAGGACAGAGAGGAAGGAAAGACAACGGAAAGCGAAUGCCACAACCUAAUGCAAGCAGUAUACAGUGUGUUCCACAACGAUGCCGUGGUCCUACAGGUUACCACACGUCACGCAAUAAGUGACGUCACUUUUCAUGCCGAAUCCUUUAUAGCCGACAUUGGAUAUCCUAACG